AUGGAGAACAACACAGAGGUGACUGAAUUCAUUCUUGUGGGAUUAACUGAUUACCCAGAACAGCAGAUCCCACUCUUCAUAGUCUUCCUUUUCGUCUACCUCAUCACUCUGGUUGGGAAUCUGGGGAUGAUGGAAUUAAUUCUAUUGGACUCCUGUCUCUAUACCCCCAUGUACUUUUUCCUCAGUAACCUCUCCCUGGUGGACUUUGGUUAUUCCUCAGCUGUCACUCCCAAGGUGAUGGUGGGGUUCCUCACAGGAGACAAAUUCAUAUUAUACAAUGCUUGUGCCACACAAUUCUUCUUCUUUGUAGCCUUUAUCAUUGUAGAAAAUUCCCUCCUGGCAUCAAGCUAUGCAGCAGUGUGUAAACCCCUGCAUUACACCACCACCAUGACAACAAAUGUAUGUGCUUGCCUGGCCAUAGGCUCCUAUGUCUGUGGUUUCCUGAAUGCAUCCAUUCAUACUGGGAAUAGUUUCAGGCUCUCCUGCAGAUCCAAUGUAGUUGAACACUUUUUCUGUGAUGUUCCUCCUCUCUUGACUGUCUCAUGUUCAGAUAACUACAUCAGUGAGAUGGUUAUUUUUUUUGUGGUGGGAUUCAAUGACUUCUUUUCUAUCCUGGUAAUCUUGAUCUCCUACUUAUUUAUAUUUAUCACUAUCCUGAAGAUGCGCUCAUCUGAAGGACACCAGAAGGCCUUUUCCUCCUGUGCUUUCCAUCUUACUGCAGUUUCCAUCUUUUAUGGGACAGGCAUCUUUAUGUACUUACGACCUAGCUCCAGCCAUUUCAUGGGCAUGGACAAAAUGGCAUCUGUGUUCUAUGCCAUAGUCAUUCCCAUGUUGAAUCCACUGGUCUACAGCCUGAGGAACAAAGAGGUUAAGAGUGCCUUUAAAAAGACUGUAGGGAAGGCAAAGGCCUCUAUAUGAUUCAUAUUUUAAUUAUAAAGAAUUCAAAAUAAGAUAAUUUCCUCCACCUCAUAUUAAUCUUUGUCUACUAAGUCCAAUAUUUGGGUUUCCUCAUGGACAGUUUCUAUUGACUGUUUUCUUAAACAUAUGAAUUGGCCAUACUUUCCUCAUUCUUUAAGUGACACUUUUUUGUUAAAAUCUGGAUAUUUUAAAUAAUAAAAAUAUAGCGCAUUCUAAAAAGCAUCUCUCUCCUCCCAUCUAGGCUUUGUUUUCGUUGGUGGUACUUUUGUUUGUUUAGUGAUUUUCCUGAGUUACUUGUGUUAAUUCUGCAUUUCUUGUUGUGUGUGGCCACUGAAAUUUCUACUCAGUUAGCGGUCAACUAACAAUUGGACAGAGUUUUUUAAGUGCUUUAAAUGGUUAAUUCUCUGAAGCCUUAUGCAUGAACUUUGCACGUGUGUGCUGGAGUAUGUUUUCAGUGCUCCAGCAGUUUAAAUUCUGCCUUUAAUCUUCAUGUCCUUUUUGUGCAGAGCCUCAAGGUCAGCCACAAAUGAAACAUUAGGUCCUCUCAGGUCUUUCCUGUGAAUACAUAGGGCCUUGUGCAUAUGCAUGACUUUUGUAAU